CCAGAGUCAACGGUACUGAUCAUCCGGGUACUGUUUCAGAGAAAACAACAAGGUGCUUGUUAACUUCAUGUGACCAUAAGAGAGCGGGCUCACUUAGAGUUUUUCCAGACAGUUAUUGAUUUAAAGAAGAGGCUGUGUGUUCUGAAUUGUCCGAAUUAGCAUAUUAACUCUGAGGCAAACCGACGUUAGCAAACAGUGCUGUGUAUAAACUAGCUAACUGUCAGUACACGGUAACAGGCUGGUCACGUCAUCAGGCCAGAAGUGCUACCGGGGCGCUUUUCAUGUGGACUCUCCGAUGCAGUACUGCAGUACUCGGGGCGGGGUCCGUGGAUGGGACUUCCGGGAUGUGUUGUUUUCAGGCUAUGCUCCAGACGGGGGGAUGUUCAUGCCCGAGAGUUUGCCCACGCUGAGCCCGGACACCCUGAGGGGCUGGAGGGGGCUGCCCUACACCAAACUGGUGGUGGAGGUCGCCUCGCUGUUCAUCCCCACUCAGCUGAUCCCCAGAGAGGACCUGGAGGUCCUGGUAGGUGAAGCCCUGUCUGGUUUCUCAGUGCCUGAGGUAGUGAGAAUCGCCCGGCUGAAGGAUGGUCUGUCAGUCCUGGAGCUCUUCCAUGGACAGACCUUGGCCUUUAAGGACCUGGCCAUGACCUGCACUGUGCGCUUCCUCAACUACUUCCUGCAGAAAGAGAAUCACAGAGCUACUGUUGUUGUUGGUACAUCAGGAGACACCGGCGGCUCGGCCAUCCAGAGUGCAAAGGGUCUCAGUGGGCUGGAGGUGAUGGUGGUUUACCCUCGUGGACGCAUCACACCAGUCCAAGAGAAGCACAUGAUAACCUGCCUGGAAGACAAUGUCCAUGUGUUUGCAGCCAACGGCAGCUCUGACGACAUCGACCAGCCGCUGCGCCGGCUGUUUGCUGACCAAGACCUGGUCAAGUCUUACGGCCUCAUGAGCCUCAACUCGGUCAACUGGUCCAGAGUCAUGAUCCAGCUGGCCCACUUCAUUUACACUUACCUGGAGCUCAGUGGUAUGGAGCAGGCUGAGGCUGACGGAGAGCUGCCUGAGCUGGAGGUGGUGGUGCCCACCGGAGGGGCGGGGAACAUUGCGGCUGGCUACAUUGUGAAGCAGAUGGGAUUGCCCCUGAAGCUGGUUGCCAUGGUGAAUUCUAAUGACAUAGUGCACCGAGCCGUAACCACUGGUGACUUUUCCAUGGCAGCUGAUGUCACACAGACUUUGGCCCCUGCCAUAGACAUCCAGGACCCGUACAACAUGGAGCGAGUGUUCUGGUUGCUGCUGGGCAGAGACGGAGCUUCAGUGAAGAACAUGAUGGAGGAGUUUCAGCAAUCACAUAGACACUCUCUGCUUGAAAACCACCGCAAACUGUUGUCACAAGUUUUAUCGACUGGAACAGUGACAGAUGAAGGGAUCCUGGAGACAAUGAGGAGGUGCUGGGACGAAAACCAAUAUGUGCUGUGUCCACACACAGCUGUGGCUGUAUGGCAUCACUACCACUGUCCUCACAGCCCCGGACUCAACAGGUGUUACAUUGCAACAGCAUCUCCAGCAAAGUUUCAGGCAGCAGUAGAGAAGGCCGGCCUGACCUUUGACCUACCCCAGGCGGUGCUGGAGUUGGACAAGUUGGCCACCCGUUACGAGAACCUGGAGCGGAGCGUGACCUGGUGCAAGGACUGGGAGGACAGACUGAGAGAGAAAAUCCAGUCUGUGAGUGCAGUUAGAAAAAACAGAGGAAAGUACUACAUCUGAUCAUGUAGGUGUUAUUGUACUGUUUUACUUCAGAAAUCCUGACUGGAUGUUUAACUGUAUGCGGGUGAGGUCAGGUGAUUGUGGAGGCCUGUCCUUGAUCUAUGCACCUCCUUAUCUUAAUGUAGUAAAUGAUGUUGAUGGGAAAGGUCUCCUGUCGCCUCUUUGAUGGACUUUGGUCUGAACUAUAAUACAACUUGUCUUUGUAUUUGUUCAGUGAUUUCAUACACCUCAAACACAGUAACUGUGUUCAGUCUUCCUGCCAAAACACUAAUAUCAUUGUAUGUGAAAGAAUAAAUUCCAGUAGUUUUUUAAGAGUUUAACUGUCUCGAAACAUUAAAAAGUUCUACAAUUAAAAAGGUGUUUACUUGUCUCGGGCUCAGCACCA